AUGGUGUCCAUGGAAGAUCAUGCAAAAGUAUUCAACCUGCACUUUCAGCAGUUAUUUUUCAGCAAGGAAAAUGGCUCAUCAAAGGAAAUUGACCAUAAUGUUCGGCUUUGCUCAAAUGACGCAAAUGGUAACAAUGCAUCGAACCUCUCGGCAGGCUGCCCAAUGUUCCAUGACAACCUUCUUCAGUCCCUACUGAACGACAUACCGCUCUUUACGCCGUCGCCGGAACAUCGAUUCUUCACCUAUGUCACACCGGUAAUCGCCGCCUUCGGGGUGGUUGGAAACAUAGUAUCCCUGAUGGUGUUCUUGUCGAAAAACAUGCGCAAGCUUUCUGCAAGUAUGUAUCUUAUCGCUUUAGCAAUCUCAGACAUAAUGGCACUUGUGUUUUAUGUACUGCCUGAGUGGCUCAAGCACGGAGAGCCAUUGUUGUCUGGAUACAGGUGGCCACCAUUGCUGCAGCAAAAUGGCGUGUGCCAGUCUGUGUUGUAUAUUCAGUACAUCGCAAGAUUCUUGUCAUCUUGGUUCGUCGUAUUUUUCACUAUCGAACGUUUUAUCGGGGUAUGUUUUCCGUUACUUCGAAAUGACCUUUGUGACCCCCGGUCUGCACCCAGGGUCAUACUCGGCGCCGUCGUUAUUGCAUCAGCCGGUUGCGUGUUCAAACCCGUCGUGAGUGGUACUUACCCCACAAUUAGCGGCGCUUUGAUAUGCACGAGCGAUAAGGACCACCAGUACCUCUCCUUCAUUCUAGACAGCAUAUUUGGAGCGAUUAUUACAUUCAUUCCGUUCAUCCUGAUAACUAUUCUCAAUGUGCUCAUCAUACGUAAGCUCGUGUUACGAAACAAACGUAGUAGAAAAAUAAGCGUUGUGACCACGGAAUCCAUUAUUCGCCUGGAAUUUACGUUCAUUCUCUUGGUAAUGUCCAUUUGUUUUGUUGCGCUCAACCUUCCACACUUUGCUGUAUGGUGCAAACGUUACUGGAAAAUACGCCAGAUGUUCAACAUGCAUUUGAUGUCGCCGACCACACUACAAAACCACGACGACCAUAUUGGCGAUCUCGACAACACCCUUCACGUUACGAGGACCAUUUUUUACACGAACUAUUGCAUAAAUUUCUUUCUCUACUCGGUGACGGGGGCGUAUUUCCGAAAAGAACUGAAGCAUCUUUUCUGUAAGCGAGACACAAACCUCAGAGUGAGCAACGCGCACAGAUGGAAGAGACGUUCCAAUUUGUGUUUAAACAAACCAAAAAACAAGAAAAGGAGACUUUUUCCUCCCGAUGCUGAAUAUGAUACCAGCGUAUCUCCAGGCGACCGUCAACCGGCAUGUACCAGCUCCACGUAUGUCACAGACACCAACUGA